GGCACAGGGGUUUCUUUUUGGGGUGGCGCCAACGUUUUGGAAGCGGGUAGUUGCGACGGUUGCCCGGCCCCGCGGGUGUCCACUUGGUGGCAGUGGGUCGUCCCCACGUCUGUUGUUCUUCUCCGUCCAGGCUCCCAGCCAGGGGCAAGGGAACGCUCCCUCGAAGAGAGGGUCCAGGGCGCAGCGCGGGCAGGCUCGUGCCCGCGCCCUUUCUUGGCGGGCCCAGGCCCGCCACUUCCGGCGGCCAAUGGGAGAGCGGUGACCUCACCGGAUCUACCUGUCACGGCGCGUGCGCCCAGACCAACUGGGGGGCCGGCCCGACGUCGCUAGGAUACCGAGGAGGGGCCUGAGUACCGGCCGUCUUGAGAGCUUGGGGCGCCGCCGAGCCUUCGCACCUCGCCUCGCCGAACCUCACCGCACCUGGUCCCGCCGGUGGCACCUCUCCUCACCGCACCGCACCGCGCCGCGCCGAGCCGCGCCGAGCCGAGCUGAGCCGAGCCGAGCCGAGCCGAGCCGGAGGCUCCGCAUCCCACCGCGCCGCCCAAGAGCUAGGCCCGUCGGAGGAGAACGCGCAGCCCACGCCCAGCAUGCCGGGGAAUCGCAGCCGUCGUCGUCGAGGGUCCUCCCACGGCCAGGGCCGGCCCCGCUCCCGCACCGCCCGAGCGCAGCUGUCGUUUUCCGUGAGCUGGGUGGAGCACCUCCUGCGGGAGGGCCACUACGCCCGGCGCCUGAGCCCCUCCGCCCCGGUCUUCCUGGCGGCCGUCAUCCAGUACCUGACGGCCAAGGUCCUGGAGCUGGCGGGCAACGAGGCCUGCAAGAGCGGCAGGAGGCGCAUCACCCCGGAGCUCGUGGACAUGGCGGUCCACAACAACGCGCUGCUCAGCGGCUUCUUUGGCGCCACGACCAUCUCCCAGGUGGCCCCGGGCCGGUAGUAGCUGCCCAGCGCGACCCGGGUCCCCGGGCCGACCGACCGUCGGGCCCCAGGCCCGCUCACAGCCCCGGGGCGGCCCCAGCCUGUCUGGGGCCUCGGGCACAGUCAUGGGAAAUCUCUAAGAAUAAAGUGUUUCAGGAAACCCGCGUGCGUGCUUCGGUCACUUUGCGCGGGAGGUGCUGGUGCCGGGACAUGUCUCCUUGGAGGGAGGGGGAG